UGUUAGUAGGAGCCACAACAGCAUCAGCCAGAGCGUCAGCGAAGGGGGGCCAUGGAGAAAAGUGGGCAGUGGCUCACCCCACCACCUAUGCCGUCUGUUUCCUGUGCAGGAAGAGAACUGAUUAGUCAUCCCCAUGGUCAAAACAAGAGUGCUCCACCAACUUUUAGUCAUCUGCUCUUCGUCACACAAAAAUCGUUUCCUAUAGAAUCGCUGGGAGAGCAGAACAGAAGUCCCCACAAAACCCAUUUCAUUUCAAGCCUUGUAGGUGAGCUCAAUAGAGAGAUGUCUUUGAUAGGAAGAGUACACCCUGACUGCGUAAAUGUAUCCAAUCCAUACCAUGAAUGCACUGAAAAUUGCUUGAGAAAGAUUCAGGAAGGGAAAGGCCGGAAGACUAAAAAGAAAUCAGAUAAUGGAAGCACUUUUAAAGAUGGUGAGUUCAAAAAAAAGGCGGCGGACGAUAGAAGAGCAUCUAAUCCUUACCAUGACCCUGAAUAUUACCUGCAACAAACCGGUGGUGCCAAACCUCGUGGGGAUAUAAAAGAACCAGGUUCCAUACUCGAUGUUCCUAUAUUGGGCAGAAAAAAGGAGAGAUCCCGACCAAAGCCCCCUCAAGAGCUUGACAAUGUCCCUGGGCAAGGAGCAGUUUAUCAUUCAUAUGCUCUGUCAUCUAAGGAAAAGGUGAAUUUAGAGAAUGUUUUGAUUGCAGGCUCCAUCCUUGAUGAUCCUAUUUUUAGCAGAAGAAAGCAGGGAUCCCAACCAAAGACUUCGGAAGAGCUUGAAGAUGUCCCAGUUGAAGUUUUAAUUGCAGACUCCGUGCUUGAUGAUCCUAUAUUCGGCAGACGAAAGCAUGAAUCCAAACCAAAGCACCCUAAAGAGAUUGAAAAUGUACCAGAUGAAGGUGUACUUUAUCCUUCUGAUUUACCCUCGUCUCCAUCUAAGGAUAAGGUGAAAUUACAGAAUGGUGAGCAUAAAUCUUAUUCUCCACCGAUUUCUGAAGUAAAAGAUUCUUUCAACAAGGGACAAGUGCAGUCCUCUCUGUUAGUGCCUCCAUCUGGAAUUAUCACAAUGCCUGAAUAUCCCAAAGAUCCUCCAGAGAAUGGUGCUACUGAUGUCACUAGUGAAUUACCUGGUCAUGGGGAAGACAAUGAAAAUCUUCAUCAUUCUGUUCCAAAUCUUACUGUCAACAAUGCUGGAGAGGGCGCUGCUGGUUCAGCUUCAGAUUCUAGAAGCUUUAGUUUCUCAGGUACUCUCCAACCUUUUGAAGAGAGUGAUGAAGAAGAGACACGAUCUGUUAACUCUGAUUCCAGUGUGUCUGUGGGAAAAUACCGUGUGAAAGGAAGUUUCUCUUCAAUUCUCCAGUCGAUUGUUGACAAAUACGGUGAUAUAGCAGCAAGCUGUCAAUUGGAAUCAAUUGUCAUCCGCUCUUACUAUCUCGAGUGCGUAUGUUAUGUGGUUCAAGAGUUGAAGCGAACUUCAAUCAAGCAGCUGACAAAGCCUAAAGUCAAAGAAAUGUUAUCUAUGCUUAAGGAUGUAGAAUCCUCAGGAAUGGAUGUUGGUUGGCUUCGUCUUAUCAUCAACAAAUGUGCAGAAGCCACUGAACUUGUCAGUCAGCAUCGAGCAUUCGAAGCAGCAAAGGCCAACUGCGAUCGCGAUAUAGAAUCAACAAAGAAAGAACUAGAAUCACAAAUGGAGGUUUUGGCUCAGAAAGAAAAGGAGGUUGCUGAAACCAGAGCCCACCUGAGGGAGCUUGAGCUUAAAUCUUCUGCUCUGAGUGAGACUGUUAGUAACAUGAAGUCCAAGGUUGAUAAUCUUCAAACCAAGCCAUUGUUGGACAAAGUGUUGUGAGGCGACUUCAAAAGCUGUAAAGACUGUAAUCACUAGGUCACAUAUAAAAUGUUCUGAAGAGUGAAACUAAUUUAGUACAUCCUUUUAUACUUUUAGCUAUAUAGUAAACAUAGGUUAUCGUGUCGAUUUCGGUGUGGUACUUGUACUACAAGUAAUGUGAAGAGUAGGGGAUUGAAGACCCUACUGACUUAGUGAUUUGAUGAAAUCAUGUCACUUUUCUUUUGAGUUUUUCUGCUUCCAUUUAUAUGAACACAAUGGAGGUAGAAGAAAGUAAUUGAAAAAUAAAUGCUUCUAUAUCCCUUUUAAUGAACA